AACAGCUCCUCAAUCAGCCUCUGAUGCGCCACUGCCAACGCUGUCUUGUGUGUGGUUCGUCUCGCGUCGAGAAUUUCGCGAAAGGGCAAUGAGCUCCAGCCCGAGUGCUUCCGCGGCGGCGGCUGCAGGCAGCCAGGGCCACGUAGGCCAGGGCGGCAAGCGAAAGCAGCCGCCUGACUGUCCUGCCAGUGGUGAGCGCGGUGACCAUCUCGAUGCGAGCAUCGAGCAAUGUCAGCUGGUGGUUAGUAAGUUGGAGCAGAUCAAGGAUGAGCUCAUAGCGAAAGAGCGGGCGAUGGGCGGCACUGGCGACUUGACGGAGCCUUCGGUAUGAGAAACCGAAGGCAGAAAAAGGCCUUUGGCUGUUUCUUCUGUGUUGUGUUCGGCCAGGCGGAGCGUUUGCGUGAGAUAGUUGAGCUCAACAUAGCUGGCGAGACGGUGCGGGCGCGGCGCUCGGCCCUCUGCGCGGCCAAGGGGUCUGUCAUGGCACUGCUCUUCUCUGGCCGAUUUGACCAGGCCUUUCUCCGGGAUCAGAACAAUCGCAUCUUCCUCCAGGUGUGGACACGAGCAAAGCACACUACAUCUGUGCGUGAUGGAUUUUCACUUUGCCCUUCUCACUUUGAUGGAUUUUCACUUUGCCCUUCUCACUUUGUUGGUCGUCAUAGAUCUACCCUCCUGUGUUCAAGUGGUGAGAGGAGAGGAGGAACACUGCGGCUUUGGCUCUGGCUGUGUGUCUAAUGGUAAUUGUGCGCGUGUGCAGGUUGGUUGGUGAAGUUGGGUUGUAUGAGGCCGAGCAGACGGACGACGUGGUGCUGUUGCCGCCCAAGCAGAUGGACGCACCAUACAGGCAUGUUAGGCAGCAAACGACUGAAGCCCUUGUCUUCUGUCAGGUUCUGGGCUGAGUUGUUGCUGUGGGACCCGGCGACGAAGCGGCACGCCGGCCAUACCGCAUUACCAUUCCAACCGCCGUGCUCACGGCUACUCCCACUGCCUCACCCACAGCCAGCACAACUGCCCCACCCACCGCCAGCACCACAGCCGAUUCCACAAAACAAUCAGCAGCCACAUCCACUCGGCCAGCACCAAAACCAACAGCAGCAGCAGCAGCAGCAGGGCGCGUCUGAGACCCUCAGGCUCAUAGCUGACCUGCAGACGCUGGUCGGCAAGGCCUUCGAGGACAACGCGGCGCAGGAGAAGCGGUUGAACGCCAUCAAGCCGCUACUCAAGACGGGCAAUAGCGGGGAGGACUCGGUAAGACAAGAGGGGAGGGUGGAAGGGAGCCAUAUAUCACUCAUGUGCCUUAUAAUAUAUUGGUGUCUGUCGUCUGAUGUCAGCUGGUGUCGAUUGACGUGUCGGGGACCAGUGUGACGGUGACGACAGGCGUAGCGAAAUCGCUGGGCGACGACUCGACAUUCGCCAACCGAUUCCUCAAGUCCGUAGAGCACACCGACUAGCUCGCAGAGCAGCAGCACUCUUAUCUGCCUCUGACCUUUUUCUCUGUCUCGUCAGGUAUGAUCCCCUGAUCGUGGGUGUGCCGGUGGACUAUGUGCAGCGAGUGGUCGAUAUGGUAGCGAGAUCACGCAUGAGGGGGGAGGCCAUCACGUCGUGGGAUGUGCACGAGGCCAAGGGCGACGCCGACCCCAAAGGAUACCGCCGUGUGCUCGACAUGUGAGGCGGACCGUGCGUGGACGCGCUCUGGAUAGCUUCGCUGUCUGUUUGUGUGUCAGGUAUGGUUUCGCUGCCGAUCGCUACCUCGGCCCCUUAGACGGUCUGCUCACCACACUACACCUGCAGAUGAUGCGACGGUGGUGCACACUGCCACUCGUGCUUUCUCCGCCUCCCAUCCCGCCAUGUGUGGGCGAGCCGGUCAUGCGCAUCUACAAGUGAGUGAGAACGACAAGGAAGACAUCACACCGCACCUGUGUGUAUGCUGUCAGGGCGUCAGUGGAUGGGUGGAAGUGGCUGGAUUUGCUUGAGGCCGUCAAGGGCUUCUCCCCGCUGCUGCUCAUCUUCCGGGUGGCCGCCAGCGAUGAGCUGCUCGCCAUCAUCAUCGAGGGGCCCAUCGAGAUCACGGGGACAGCCAAGAGAGAGGCCGACAUCAAAUCGCACGCCUUCAAGCUGCAGGGCACCAACUCACACCCAUUCGCGGGCUACCUGGGCUUCAGCAGCAGGCUCUUUCUUGCUGGCACACAGGCAGGCACAACACAACGCAACACAGCACUAGGCAAGACAGACAUUCCUUUCAGGCACAUCUGUAUGAGGAUGACGUGUGCAGGAGUUGGCGACUGCAUUUGACUUCUCUUCUUCACCCCCCAAACCGCCCUCAAAGCUGACGUCCCUCUUGUGUCCCGCCUGCUUGGAUUUCGGCGUUCGGCCAGAUGGACAGCCCGGCGCCCCGGCGGCCACCGACCAGACACUAAGGAGAUGUCAUGGCGCGUCACUGGUGACGCCACUGGCGUCUGGGCUGCGCGGGCGGCUGCGCGACCAUGGCGUCGACAGCGACAGUGUGAUGUAUGGGGUCUCGGAGUCGGGCUGGCAAUUCGACCUAGCCGAGCUGGAGGUGUACAGACUACGGGCGGCGGGUGGAUGACCGAUGGGCGUGUGUGUGCGCGUGUGGUGUGUGUUGGCGGCCGUGUGAGUGGCUGAGCGACAGACUGCCCACUUCUGUCAACAUUCAUUGUACAG